AACGUUACCUCGCGUCGAAUAAAAAAAUUAUAAACAAAAUAGAAGCCCGGAUAACUGCACAAUGAAAAUAAAACUCAUAGAUUCUGUUGUGCGCAGCUUCAAAGUGGCCAAGAUCUUUCGGGAGAACACUGAUAAGAUCAACGCCAUAGACUUUGCGCCCAAUGGAGAGCACCUCAUCUCGUGCAGCGAGGACGACCAGAUCGUGAUAUACGACUGCGAAAAGGGGACACAGUCGCGGACGGUGAACUCGAAGAAGUACGGCGUAGACCUCAUUCACUUUACGCAUGCAAACAACACGGCCAUCCACAGUUCGACAAAGGUGGACGAUACUAUCCGGUAUCUGAGCCUGCAUGACAACAAAUAUCUGCGCUACUUCCCCGGCCACACCAAGAAGGUUAUAUCGCUGUGCAUCUCGCCGGUAGAGGACACUUUCUUAUCCGGCUCACUGGACAAGACAUUGCGCCUGUGGGACCUUCGAUCACCGAACUGCCAGGGACUAAUGCAUCUGUCCGGCCGGCCAAUCGCAGCCUACGAUCCAGAGGGCCUGAUCUUCGCCGCCGGUGUCAACUCGGAGAGUAUCAAGCUGUACGACUUGCGAUCGUUCGACAAGGGUCCCUUUGUCACCUUUAAGCUGAACCAGGAAAAGGAGUGCGACUGGACGGGGCUAAAGUUCUCCAGGGACGGUAAAACCAUACUGAUCAGCACGAACGGGUCGGUCAUUCGGCUGGUGGACGCAUUUCACGGUACACCGCUGCAAACGUUUACCGGCUAUCCAAACAACAAGGGAAUAGCCAUCGAGGCCAGCUUCAGCCCGGACUCACAGUUCAUCUUCUCCGGCAGCACGGACGGACGAGUGCACAUUUGGAACGCCGACACGGGCAACAAGGUAUCUGUGCUCAACGGCGACCAUCCGGGGCCGGUGCAAUGUGUCCAGUUCAAUCCCAAGUAUAUGAUGCUUGCCUCGGCCUGCACAAACAUGGCUUUUUGGCUGCCGACAUCCGAGGAGGGCUUGUAAUGAGUCGUCGUUCCAUUUAUCUUUGUGUAGAUCGUAAGAAUAAAGUUUUAUUUAUAACUAA